CGCGCUUCUUCUGACGCGGUUUCCGCAGUGAGCGCGACAGAGAAGCAUCAUGGCGGACGUGCUGGACCUUCACGAAGCGGGCGGAGAGGAUUUUCCUAUGGAUGAGGACGGCGACGAGAGCAUCCACAAGCUGAAGGAGAAAGCCAAGAAGAGGAAGGGACGCGGCUUUGGCUCAGAGGAGGGCGCCCGGUCCAGGACCAAGGAGAACUACGACACGGUGGAGCAGGACGGGGACGAGCCGGGACCUCAGAGAUCGGUGGAGGGCUGGAUCCUGUUUGUGACCGGCGUCCACGAGGAGGCCACGGAGGAGGACAUCCACGACAAGUUCUCCGAGUUUGGAGAGAUCAAGAACCUGCACCUCAAUCUGGACCGCAGGACCGGGUACCUCAAGGGCUAUGCGCUGGUGGAGUAUGAGACGUACAAAGAGGCUCAGGCGGCCAUGGAGGGUCUGAACGGCCAGGACCUGAUGGGUCAGCCCAUCAGCGUGGACUGGGGCUUCGUCCGAGGACCCCCCAAGAACAAGAGACGGACUGGAGGGAGGAGGCGCAGCAGGAGUCCAGACCGGAGGCGGCGCUGAGCGGAGGCGGCGCUGGGCGGAGGCGGCGCUGGGCGGAGGCGGCGCAGCAGGAGGAGGCCUCCGUCACUCUUGGUUUCUGUAGCGGUGGUGUAGUCUGUUUUUCAGGAUAAAGUCAUGUUUUCUGUUUGUGUUUUUGGUAUGAAUAAAGUUUUUUGAACAGUGAA